UUAAGUGUCAAACUAAAAUAGCAGUAAAUAACCACUAAAUGGGGAAAAACAUAACCAUUAUUAAGUCCUCUAUGCAUGAGCGGCAUACAAAGGUUAACUUUUCAGUGGUUGUCUUAACUUUUAACUUGAAAGUAGAGGAUUUCGAAAAUUUGUCACGUUUGUGAGCAGCAAUUUUGGCAGGAAGACGGCGGGAACUACGCGCGCGCCUCAAUGUGGAGGAUUUGGUAUCCCUCAAUUCAACUAAAUGUUUUAAAUACGCGCAGUAAGAGCAAUAUGGCACAAAACAUCUACCUCUAGUAUAAUGUAUCGCGAAUUUUGUGAAAUGUUUAUCACUGCUGUGAAAUUUUUACGUAUUUUCCACAGGCCGCCGGUGCAAUCAGCCAAUGGGAUUUCAAUCAGGCCGUCUUAAUAACCGCAUGAUAACAGCAUCAUCUCAAUGGGAUAACUACCAUGCAGCUUUCUUGGCACGACUUAACUGGAAUCGCCGUGGACGAUACAUGGGUGCAUGGUCAGCAAAACACAAUAACCGUUAUCAGUAUCUACAAGUAAACUUUGGAAAAGCAGCCAAGAUCAUCAGGAUCGCCACUCAAGGAAGAGCUGAUGCUGAUCAGUGGGUGACUCAGUAUUAUUGCAUGCACAGCUUGGAUGGAAUUCGAUUUGUGGAAUACAAAGAGCGAAACAACAGAAGGGUAGGUAUAAAUGAGCUAUCAUUUACAAAGUUGUUUCCUGUCAAUUUAAGUAUAGUGGAACCGCGCUAUCUUGGACUCAGUUUUCUCGAACUCCUCUCGAACUCAAAUCAUUUUCUCCUGAAUAUGCUAUUUAGCCAUUUACUAUCCGCUGUCUCGAACCCCCAACAUCUCGAACGCUUCACGCUUCACGCUUCCUUAAGAGUUCGAGAUAGUGGGUUUAACUGUAGAUACUUCACAGGAAAUCGUGACCGCAACUCUGUUGUCAUGUAUCCAUUCAAUCCACCAAUCAAAGGCCGUUUAAUCAGGGUGGUACCCUGGGGAUGGCGCGCUCACAUCUCUAUGAGAGUUGAGUUUUAUGGAUGCUACAUAGGUAUGCCAAUAGAAAAAUUCCAUCAUACCUUAGAUCGCUGCUCCAUGCCUCUUGGUAUGGAGGAUCACCGUAUCUUAGCGGGUCAUCUUCGAGCUUCGUCUUCAUACAACUACAAUCAUGGACCUGACCGAGCGCGGCUCAACAUCUAUGCCAGUCAUGGACGAACAGGGGCCUGGGUAGCGAGGCACAGGAACACCAAACAGUUUCUGCAGAUUGACUUGAGACAGAUAAGUCUUAUUAAAGGAAUCGCUACACAAGGAAGAAGAGAAGCCCAUCAAUGGGUGAAAAGUUAUAUGAUAUCAUACAGUAGACGGGGCCUGCGAUUCAGGAUGUAUAAUACCUAUGGUCGAGUUAAGGUAAGAAUCAUGGCCACUAAGAUUGGACAUAUUUUCCGUGGUAAUUAUGACAUUUUCCACACGGUGUUUCACCCAAUUGUCCCAGCGAUCAAAGCCCGUUUUGUCAGAUUGCAUCCAAGAAGCUGGCGAAGUUACAUUGCAAUGAGAGUUGAGCUGUAUGGCUGCCGAGCUCGAGAAAAUUUCUGCAAUCGUCCCGUUGGUAUUCAAAAUGGCCGCAUCAAGAAUUCUGCCAUGACAGCCUCGUCUCAGUGGGAUGUAAACCAUGCGGCUUGGUUGGCCAGACUUUACCGCGCGCGCCGUGGUCGGUUGAUGGGGGCCUGGUCCUCACGUCAUAACAACCAUCACCAGUGGCUGCAGAUUGACAUGGGAAGGUACAUGAAGUGUUCAGGUAUUAACACACAGGGACGACAGGACGCUGACCAGUGGGUAACGGCGUAUCAAAUCCUGUAUGGCUCAGAUGGAACACGCUUCUCUUACGUCAGAGAAUGGUGGGAUAACAUCAAGGUGAGUCUUCAGAGGUUAAAGGAGUGGAUUCAAACCAUUUACUAUUAUAUUUAUCAAGUAGUUGAGAACAUGGCAUCGACUUUUGCUUCUCUACAGACGUUCCCAGGCAACUAUGAUAGAAAUGGAAUUCAGACUCGAUCUUUCGAUCCACCGUUCUAUGGAAGAUUUGUCCGCCUUGUUCCACGGGGCUGGAAGGCACAUAUUUCCAUGCGAAUGGAAUUGUAUGGAUGUCCUUGGAGUAAAUGUGACGUUCCACUUGGUUUGGAAGAUGGCCGUAUACCGAACCCCAUGUUUCGAGCCUCGUCUUCAUAUAACUUCUAUUGUGCGGCCAGAAACGCAAGACUGCAUCAGCGUCGUGCUGGAAGAAACGGAGGGGCCUGGUGCUCACGUCAUAGAAACAACAGACAAUGGCUUCAAGUGGACUUUGGAACUGACGCGUACGUUACUAGGGUUUCCACUCAAGGACGUCAUAAUUCUGACCAAUGGGUGACAAGUUACUAUGUGUCCUUCAGCAGUAGAGGUCAGAAGUUUAUAACAUACAGGGAAGGCCGCAAGACAAAGGUCAGUACCUUGCUGUUCAUUAAUUGCUACAAGUCAAUGCAUUUUCUUAUUCAUUUGAGCCCUAAAAUUAUACUGCUUACAGACCAUUUAUUCCCAUCUCACAUCUUUAAAAAUAAGGCGGAAACCCAGGAGAGGGGGAAUUAUCUACAGUUACCCCAUUUUUCUUGCCUUACUGUGUCGUUCAUUAAUGCACUUGGUUUUUGUCUCGCACAGAUCUUCCCUGGAAACUAUGACCGCUUCAUGGUUGUAACUAACCGCUUCUUGAGGCCCAUAAAGGCUCGAUUCUUCAGAAUACACCCAGUCACAUGGCGAAGUUGGAUAUCAAUGAGAGUGGAAUUUUUCGGCUGUAUUGUCGGUAGGUGUUAUGUGUACCCUCAUCUAAACACUUGGGUCAGCAACUUCUCUCGGAAUAUAAACAAUUUGAGGUUCAGAAAAAAAAGGUCACUUAGCGAAAGAUAUCCUCUAGGCCAUGAAUCAACAUUUUUAUUCUGUAACAAUUAUCUUUUGCCAGGUCCACAGUGUAACAAACCAUUAGGAAUGCAAAAUGGCCGUAUAAGAGCCUCGCAGAUUACCUCCUCGUCCAGCUGGGAUAAGAAUCAUGCUGCUAACAACGGCAGGCUCCAUUUGAAGAGAGCAGGUUCCCGGAUGGGGGCGUGGUGUGCACGUCACAACAAUCGUUACCAGUGGCUCUCGGUUGAUUUUGGCCGUGCAAUGAGGAUCACUAAAAUAGCUUCUCAGGGACGACAUGACGCCCGUCAGUGGGUGACACAGUAUUAUUUGUCGUACAGCCAGGAUGGUGUUUUUUUCGCUGACUAUAAACAGAAUAGUGCGAGAAGGUAUUUCACAGGAAACAGAGAUCAGAAUUCUGUUGUUCAAUAUCGUUUGUUCCCUCGAAUAAUAACGCGUUAUAUCCGAGUACAUCCAUGGGGAUGGUACAGACACAUCUCUAUGAGAGUGGAGUUCUAUGGAUGUGUUGCAGCACGGUGUUCUGUUCCGAUUGGUCUGGAAGAUAAGCGCAUUCGUGAUGGUGCCAUGACAGCCUCUACCUACUACAAUCGCUACCUUGCACCAUGGCAUGGCCGCAUCAAUCACCGCUGGUCAUGGAGCGCGCGGCGCAGCGUUCGUAACCAGUGGCUUCAGGUGUACUUUGGGGUCUUAGCUCGACUUACAGGAAUCCGCUCUCAGGGUCGACAAGAUGCUAACCAGUGGGUCAAGACCUUUAUCCUGACUUUUAGUAGAGAUGGAUUUAAAUUUGUAAAGUAUCCAAAGGUAAAGUGUUCUCCAGUGAUUAAGGGUAAUAAUAGAAGCAGUACAAGGGGUUCCUCCAUCCUCUAUGAGAUGGGCUUGCAAGGAAUUAUGGUAGUUAUAUUCAUCAUCUUAGACAGGAUAUUUUUUCUGAUGAAUACAACUACCAUGAUUCCCGGCCCUGCAGACACGUUUCACAGAGCGAAUUGGCCAUUCGUAAAGUUUCUCUACUCUCCUAACGAACAAAAACUUUGUCAACAUCUUUUGUUCUGUCUCUUCACCACUCAUCCUUUAACAACCUUUUCUUGCCUUACUGUGUCGUUCAUUAAUGCACUUGGUUUUUGUCUCGCACAGAUCUUCCCUGGAAACUAUGACCGCUUCAUGGUUGUAACUAACCGCUUCUUGAGGCCCAUAAAGGCUCGAUUCUUCAGAAUACACCCAGUCACAUGGCGAAGUUGGAUAUCAAUGAGAGUGGAAUUUUUCGGCUGUAUUGUCGGUAGGUGUUAUGUGUACCCUCAUCUAAACACUUGGGUCAGCAACUUCUCUCGGAAUAUAAACAAUUUGAGGUUCAGAAAAAAAAGGUCACUUAGCGAAAGAUAUCCUCUAGGCCAUGAAUCAACAUUUUUAUUCUGUAACAAUUAUCUUUUGCCAGGUCCACAGUGUAACAAACCAUUAGGAAUGCAAAAUGGCCGUAUAAGAGCCUCGCAGAUUACCUCCUCGUCCAGCUGGGAUAAGAAUCAUGCUGCUAACAACGGCAGGCUCCAUUUGAAGAGAGCAGGUUCCCGGAUGGGGGCGUGGUGUGCACGUCACAACAAUCGUUACCAGUGGCUCUCGGUUGAUUUUGGCCGUGCAAUGAGGAUCACUAAAAUAGCUUCUCAGGGACGACAUGACGCCCGUCAGUGGGUGACACAGUAUUAUUUGUCGUACAGCCAGGAUGGUGUUUUUUUCGCUGACUAUAAACAGAAUAGUGCGAGAAGGUAUUUCACAGGAAACAGAGAUCAGAAUUCUGUUGUUCAAUAUCGUUUGUUCCCUCGAAUAAUAACGCGUUAUAUCCGAGUACAUCCAUGGGGAUGGUACAGACACAUCUCUAUGAGAGUGGAGUUCUAUGGAUGUGUUGCAGCACGGUGUUCUGUUCCGAUUGGUCUGGAAGAUAAGCGCAUUCGUGAUGGUGCCAUGACAGCCUCUACCUACUACAAUCGCUACCUUGCACCAUGGCAUGGCCGCAUCAAUCACCGCUGGUCAUGGAGCGCGCGGCGCAGCGUUCGUAACCAGUGGCUUCAGGUGUACUUUGGGGUCUUAGCUCGACUUACAGGAAUCCGCUCUCAGGGUCGACAAGAUGCUAACCAGUGGGUCAAGACCUUUAUCCUGACUUUUAGUAGAGAUGGAUUUAAAUUUGUAAAGUAUCCAAAGGUAAAGUGUUCUCCAGUGAUUAAGGGUAAUAAUAGAAGCAGUACAAGGGGUUCCUCCAUCCUCUAUGAGAUGGGCUUGCAAGGAAUUAUGGUAGUUAUAUUCAUCAUCUUAGACAGGAUAUUUUUUCUGAUGAAUACAACUACCAUGAUUCCCGGCCCUGCAGACACGUUUCACAGAGCGAAUUGGCCAUUCGUAAAGUUUCUCUACUCUCCUAACGAACAAAAACUUUGUCAACAUCUUUUGUUCUGUCUCUUCACCACUCAUCCUUUAACAACCGCUUCAAAAUAUCAGUUCUAACACUUAACUUAGCUUCGUUCCAAAACGCUUUGGUCUUAUAUGAAUGUUAAAACACGGUGGGUAAUUCGGUCGCAUUUACAAUUAAUACCUGCUGUUCUAUGCAUUCCUGUUUGACAGGUUUUCACAGCCAACAGUGACCGUCACACAAUAGUCACCAACACUUUCCCCAGAUCCAUAGCCGCUUCAUACAUCCGUGUUUAUCCGCUGACCUGGUAUGGCUGGAUGUCCAUGAGAGUGGAAUUCAUAGGAUGCC